GUCAUUUUAUUCUCUCGGUGAACUUUUUUUUUAUUCAAAAGUUUUUUGAAAUAAAAAAAAAAAAAAAAAUAUUUUUAUUUCAUUUUUAAACGUCCUUUUAAAUUUAUUUAAGAUUCGAUUUCAAAUUGAACCAUAAAAUUUUGUCGUAUUUUUUCAGCGUAAAAUCCAUCUCGCCAAACGUCCUGAACUAAUUUUAUAUACAAAAAUAUUGAAAGCUCUAACUGAAAGUCCAUCAAUGUUAUAAAAUACUAUGAUACUACAUAUAUGUACAAACAUAUACAUUAAAAAUAUUAAAUGAGAUUUAAAAUAGAAAAAAUGUCUUUUGAUUGACUAUAUUAAAAUAAAUUUGAGAAACUUAUGACGGGAAAUUGAAAAUUGCCAUUACGUAUAUUAUGCAUAAGUUGCUUGUUUUGCAGAUGUAAUAAUGCAUGCACAUAUGUAUAUGUGUCUAUAAGAAUAAAAAUAUAGCGAUGAAGUAAGAUUCAUACAAUAUAAUAAUGAAAAAAUUUCAAAAACACGAAAUAAAUUAAAAAAGAAUAAAAGAAAGAUAAGCACUCAAUAUAGGAAAUACUUCUUCUGGUUGUAGAAUAAACGAAUACCGUCCACUGCUACAUUAAAAACACAAAAAAAUAUUUAACUUUAACUAAUCAAAGGUUAGCUGGAAAGUAAAGCAGAAUAAUAGAUUAUUUAAAAAAAGGAGAAAUAGAUUAGUGGCGUUUAAACAUAUUCAAUGAAUUUGUUUGAAAAGGAAUAUAAUAGUUGAUACAAUUUCUACAUCAUCUUGAUUUGGCUGUUCCUUAUUACAAUGAAUAUAUAUAAUAUAUAAUUUAUGUAUAUGUUGUCAUCGUGAAUGCGUUUGGCAAAAAACAUUACACACACUAUAAAUCAUUGAGGAUCCUACAUCCUAUUAUUUUUAUUAUUAUGCAUUAUUAAAUUGUUAUUAUAGACCAAAAUAAUAUUGUCGAAUAUACAAUAUAUUAUAUGAACACAAGCAAAUGUCGAAAUCAAACGAGCCAUAAAAAAGGAACUUUAAUGAGUGAUUUAUUAUGCCACUAAUCUAUAUUUUUAAUAUGACUCAUCAUUUAAGUCCAAGGAUCACAAAGAUUAUAAAAGCAAAUUAAACUUUUGCGAAAGUUGUUAAACAUUAAAAAUUGUAAUAUUGUAAAAAUACUAUUUUAUUUUAAUGUAUUCAACGUUGAAUAAUAACUAUACAGUUUUCAAAAGAGAUGAAUAACAAGAAAAAAUAACAAUGCCGUUGCUUUCUGAAUAUUCUGCAUAUAUUAAAAAUAUAAAGAAUUACUAGCCAACAUGUAUAAAAUAAUUAAAAAGCUUAACUUUCGUGAUGUUUGUUCCAAUUAAAUCUAGUAUAAUAACAUUAUAGUAAAAGCUAAAAGAAAACUGUAAUAAAUAAUAAAUUAAAAGAAGGAAAAUAUAAGAAGCUAAUUCAUUUUAAAAUUACAUAAGCACAUUAAUUAUCACAAAAAUUAAAUAAAAAUUUUCAAAAAAUGUUGAACAACUAAAUAAAUAGCUAUUGAAACACAUUUCAUGCAAAAUAAUGACGAUAAAAGGCUGCUAAUAAACAUUUUAAAAAUUUGUUUAAAAUAUUUAUUAUAAAUACAUUAUUUAUAAAACAUACCCCUAAUAUUUUUGUUAACCAAUACAAAUUAAUCAAUCGUUUCAAUUAAGUUUAAAAAAUGUGUUCAUGCUAUCAAGUUUUUUAUAUAUAAAGUAUUUUCGAUCUAAAGCGGAUUAAAAAAGCAUAAGUAAAUUUGUGUCAGGCAACAAAUACUAAAAGAAAAAAAACCUUUUAAAUAAAAUAUUUAAAUAAACCCAAUAAAACGAUAAAUAUUUAGCCUGUGAUAUAAUUAAAGCAAGAUGAAAUUUUAAUACUUUUCAACCGAGCUAUAACGAAAAUGAAUUAAUGAAUACAUAAAAGUAUAUUAAAAAAUUCAGGAAGAGAAAAUAAAGUUAGAAAAGCACUUUUAAUGAACCAGAAGAUAUUUACAGUUUCGUUGUUGUACAACAAAUGAAAAAUUAAUAAUAUUUCUCCUAUAUAUCAAAUAUUUUACUCAAUUUUCAUUGCCGUUGUAAAAAUAUUAAAACAAAAAAUUUAUAUUAUAAAAUAAAAAUUAGAAAGUUUAAUUUUUAAUAAACUGCAAUGGGAGAUGAAGUUGAAAUUCGGACGUUACGUCAAAAACUUCUGUUUUAUACAACAGCGUUCUUUAUAUUACUAGCCACGUUUAGCCUUUUCUCCUUUUUAUUUUUGGUUCCAUUUGUCAUAGAUCCAGCUUUUACUACAAUAUUUAUGCAAUUUGAUGAAAAUCCAGCCUUAUGUAUCACUUAUCAAACAAUACAAUUAUCUGGUACUAAAAAUUGUACAUGGUCUUCAUGCCGUGAAGGAUGCACACGAGAUAUUUAUAAUUGUACACAAAUACGAGUUAAUUAUAAAUUAAAUUUACAUAAUUAUACUGAUGAAUUUAAUUGGACUGAUUAUCAUCAUAGAUUAAGAAUGAGUGAAACAGAACCACCACCUGUCAAACGUACAGAUCGUUAUGAAAGGGCGAUACGUGAAUAUGAUUAUAUUGAGAACGAAAUUAACUUUGACGAAACGUCUGCUAAUUUUAUCCAAUCUGAUGAAAAAAAUAAUUUUCAAAAUGCAAAUGAUAAAUACAAAAAUAUUAGAAAUAGUGAAAGUGCUUCUUAUUACAACGCAAAUAAUGAUCAAGAGAAUGAUAUUGAUGAAGACGGUAAUCCAUUAAAUAAAUAUAACGACAAUAAUGAAAAUAACGAUAAUAUGGUUGAUAUUGUUGAGGGUUUUUUAAAUGAUUCAGAAUGGUAUUACGGUGGGGCCAAAUUAUUUCCAAAUGUUAAGGGAUGUGGUUAUCCUCCAAUGUUAAAUUGUACUAUAUGGGCGAAACGUUAUAUUAAAGAAGGAACUAAGUUUCCAUGUUAUUAUUCAAAAGUUGAUCCUGGUCUUGUGAUAAGUGAUUUAGAUUAUUGGCAAAACACUUUGAAUUUAGUAUAUUCAAUGGCAAUUCCAAUACCAUCAUUCAUAAUAUCCAUAAUUUAUCUAACGUUUGCAUAUUUCAAAAUAUAUAACGAAGAUGAGGAAGCUGUGCCUUUAGAUAAAAAUGCUGAAGAUAUGGCAACUGGUGAUGAUGAAGAAGAUUUACAUAAUUUUGAUGAUGAUUGCGAAUUAAAUGAAGGAGAUGAUAUAGUUGAGGUUAUAAUUCCUAACGGUAUUACACCAAUAUCAGCUACGGGUUGCCUCAUAGGUGUAAAUCCAGGUUCUGGUCAAAUAACUAAUAUUAUAAAUGGUAAUGGAAAUAUUGGACCUUUAACACCAAUGUCAAAUAUUGAUAAUUCAUUUGGAACUCAGCUACAAAUUAAAAUGGCAGAUGAAGCAUCAAGAGAAAGUUUAGAUAAUGGAGCUUCAAAUUCUGGUUCAAUAGCAGGUAACAUUAGCAAAACAAUGACAACAAGUAUUUCAACGCCUCCUGGUCCUACUGCUGCUGUUUAAAUAAAUUAGAAAUUAUUAGACUCUAUGCUAGACAAUGUUAAUAUGGAUAUGCUAUAUUAAAUUUAAUUUUCCCAAUAUGAGCUAAGUUAAUUGUUUUGAGGAAAACAAAAAAUUUAUGUACUUAAAAUUUUUUCUUGCCUUAUUUUUUUUUAUUUCUUCUCAACACAACUACUAUUUAAUAUCCCGAUUCAGCAAUAUUUGAAUUAUAUGUAUAUUUUGUAAACAUUUAUAAGAUUGAAUAACUGUUUUGAUGCUAAACAGUUAAGCAGUAAUUCUAUGAUUUAACAGAAAAUUAUCCUACAAACAAAAAGAAUUUGAAAUUGUUACUUACCCAAGAAGAAUGACUUGAUCUGGACAUCAGAAGAAAAAAUGCGCGGCUUUUUUUUGUCUUAUUUAUAAGUACUUUUUUUUGUAAAUAAAUUUAAUAAUAUUGUAUUAUGUAACUAGUUUUGAACAAGAAAAACAAAAACUAAACAAAAUACGUAGUAUGUAUAUAUUACAUAGUAAUACAUAUAUAUACAUUAUCUCUUUUUCAAAACUGUGGAAUGUGAAAUUAAAAAAAUUUUCUUAAACUGGUUUUUAUUAUUAGAAAAAUUAUUAAUAAUUUACACAAAAUAAUUUAAAACCAAUUAAAUUAAAUAAUUAACAGCAUUAAUAAACAAACGUACGGACAUAUUUAGAUAAUAGCCAUAUGAAUUAGAAUGUGCCGUACUGCACUUUUUUUCAAGAAAUAAUCAAACCUUCAUGCAUUUGAUUAACAAUUGCUAUUAUUUUAUAGUUAUAUACCUACAUUAAAUUGUUUUUUCUUAAAAUAUUUGAAAAUUAAUAAUUAAAUUUAAAAAAUUAUCAAUACUCUUUAAUUUUUUUUAAAUUUUAUAUUUAUCAAUAAUUUUAAACUUUGUGAGUUAAAUUAAUUGUAUAAUAUAAUUUGAUUAAUUUUUUAAUUUAUUAUAUUAAUUCAUUAUUAAUUUCAAAAUGUUGUUCAUUAAAUUACAGUAUCAAUAGAUUUUCGCAAUAAAAGGUUAUGUUUAUAUAGAGCGUCUAUACAGUCAUAUCUCAAAAUCAUAACUGUAAUAAUAUUAUAUUUCUAAACUCGUUUUUUUUAUAUAUAGCUUAUUAAAAAUUUUUUUAUUUUUUUUUUAGAAUUUUUAUAUUUAACAAUAUUUAUAUUUUUCAAAAUAUGUUUUAUAAAUAAAAAGGAAAAAAAAUCGAUUUCGCUAUCUCUAGUGUGGAAAAAAAAUGCCUAUUUAAUAUAAAUCGACAAUAAUUGGCAUGCAAAAGUAUAAUUAGCAUACUUUUUCCUUAACACACUUGUAAUUCAAUUUUUGGCUUAAUUAAAAAAAAAAUCGUAUAAAAAUUUAAAUAUUAUCGAAUAAUUAUCAUACAAAAAAUCUUUGCUAAAUCUAUUAGAAAAUUAAUAAUAAUUAAUUGUAAAUUAAUUAUAAA